CUGAGCCCGCCACCGCUACCUCGCCGCCGCUCCGUGCCUCUACCAGUCCUUGAGCCAGCUCUGCCGAGCAUGCCGCCCGGCUGCUGCGACGCCGCCGCCGCCAGCGUCGCGGCGCAGCGCAGCCCCAGCCUCGUCAACGUCAAGGACCUGCUCGCGCCCGCGGGCAUCGUCGACAUGCCCUCGCUCCUCGCCGCCUCGACGCCCGCCUCUGCGCACAGCGCGCUGGCGAGCUCCUCGCAGAGUGCCAACGUCGACGCCAGCAGCAGCAAGGCGGCGGCGCCGGCUGCGCCCUUCGAGCAGAUCGGCUCGUCGCCGCUCCUCGACCCCAUCGACGCCGCCGACCCCGAGCUAAUGGCGCUCAGCGGCGGCAGCCUGCUGCUCGAGCAGUCCCGCGCCGCCGGUGGUGGCACGCGCCGCCGCCGCGCCCGCACCGCCAGCAGCGCCGCGCAGGAGUUCACGCCCGCGCCUCUGCGCACCCGCGGCCUCAGCAGCGCGGCUGACAAGGGCAGCAGCAGCGGCCAGCAGUACCUCGAUGCGGCUGCAGCUCUUGGAUCGGCCUCGACGAGCUCGUCGUCCGGCACCGAGGGCACCACGCUCGCGCUGCCCGGCUCGUCUGCGCCGCCGAAGCAGGGCGCCGUCGUCACCAGCGCCGAGCAGCCCGGCUCGACGUCGCUCUCCUUCGGCGACACCACCACGGAUGACCCUACCACCCACAGCUACCUGGACGACUUUACGAUGGACACGACGCAGAGCCAGGCCACGUUCAACACGACGUACGCCUCCGUCGACGACAGCCCGGACAAGGCCGAGGCGCCGGCCAACGUCUUGGACACACAUACGGCCGGCAGCGCCGCUGUCCUCACCUCGCCGGCUCGCGGCAGCCAGCAGAGCGCCUUCUUCGACGACGUCUCGAGUGGUGCAAGCCCUUCGCCGCACGAGAGCACACCGCGCAGGACGUUUGCGAGCCGCAGUGCCGAGGCUAGCGCGGAGCACACCUCUUCGCCGUCGUCGAGCUCCCUUCGCGAGGUCGGCUCGUCGCAGCAGCGCAGCUCGCCGAUCUUCAUCCCCACGAGCGGCCGCGGCGUGCGCUCGCACACGACGUCCGGCCUGCCUGUGCGCAGCUUCGCCCUUCCGGACGGCCGCAUCGGAAGCGACUCGAGCGACAGCGAGCUUGCGAACCUUCGCGAGCAGCUCUCGGCCACCGAGGCCAUCAACACGCUGCUGACGUCGCGUGUCGCCGAGCUCGAGGCCGAGACGGUGGCACUGCGGGCCCUCCUACAGCCCUCGAUGGCCGCCGGCAGCUACGCCGCCGGUCUUGCUGCCGGUCUCGACCGUCAGAGCGACCCGGCGCACCUCGCCAUGCUCCACUCGCACGCGCCGCCGAGCGCGUUUCCUCACUUUGGCGACUUUUCGCCCGCCAGCACCGGUGCGAGCGUCACGCCCGACCCGUUCAGCCCGUUUGCGCCGCAGCAGCCUCUCGGCCACCCGCAGUUCGCAGCCGAGAGCCCAGUCGACAGCGCGGAAGAGUUCAGCUCCCGCGGCGGCUCCAUCCCUGCCACGCCCGACCCGGGCGCUGACCUCUCGCAGUCGCCCUUCAUGAGCAUAUCCAAGCGUUCACCGCAGCUCGUCUCGCUUGCGCAUCAGCAGGCCAGUACAAUGCAGAGGCAAGGCUCGAGUGCGAUGCAGGCCGGCUUCGACGACUCCGAAUACGCCUCGCGUCCUUCUCUGCUGCAGUCGUACAGCAGCUCGUACGCGGCGCAGCUGCAGAGCUCGGACUCGCACUCACGCGGCCAGACGGCAAGCGACGGCUACUUCAUCGUCGAUCCGCACCAGAGCGACGGCUACCUCCACGUCGUACCGCAGCUAUCGCCCAUCGGCCUGGGCCUCGAGUUCGAGGGCGACAGAGCACACGCGCCGACGUCCAGUCCUCCGGAGCCGGCUGUCGCCUCCGGAUUGCAGCUCCGCUCGAAUGCAGCGCCGACGACGUACAUGGCCGGCAGCGUGCCUGGCCCUGGCCUAGGCUCGACUCGUAUGCGUGCCACGAUCCCGUCGGCGACAGACGUACCUGUGCCACGCAAGGACAAGGCACCUGCGCACGAGAUCUACGUGCCGCCGGAUGUCCUCGUCAACCGCGCGCUGAGCGGACGCAGCCAGGACGCCAGCAUCACGCUCCAGCAACAGCUCAAGUCGGCCACGCCUGAGCGCAAGGCGGCAAUCAUGCGUGCUCUCGAGCCUCAUCUGCGCCGCCUCGCCGAGGACAAGCAUGGCAACUUUCUUGUGCAGCGCGCCAUCGGCUGUGAUGCGCAGAUCUGCUGGAAGCUGAGAGGCCACUUUGUCGAUCUCUCACUGUCGCAAUUCGGCUGCCACGUUGUGCAGCGCAUCCUCGACGAGGAUGAGCGUCUCAAGAUCAGCGUCGUCGAGGAGCUUCUGUCGGACCGUCUACUCGACACGCUCACCUCUCGCAACUCUAUCCACGUUUGGCAGAAAGUGCUCGAGAUCGACUGGACGCAGCCCGAGUUCCGCUCGACCGUCUUCGACGUCAUCAACCACGCCAUGCGCGGCCGCUGGGCCGACACGGCGACGCAGGAGACGGGCUCGAUCAUCUGCCAGAACAUCUUCGAGAGCGCGGACCCUGCAGAGAAGGCGAGUGAUGAGCUCUCCGGCCUCGGCUCCGGCGAAGGCUGCAUCUCCGAGAUCCUCGAGCACACAUGCGAAUGCGCCGCGAACCAGUGGGGCGUAUGGGUGGUGCAGCACAUCAUCGAGCACGGCGACACGAAGCACCGCCAACUGGCGUUUGAACGUCUGCUGCAGCAGGCCGUUCCCCUCACGCUGUCGCAGUACGGCCAGAAGGCCAUCAUGAGUGCCCUCAAGUCGCCCGACCAGCACUUCCUCAACGCCUACCUCGACGUGCUGUGCGAUCGCGAAGGCGCGUCUGGCGCGGCGGGCAUCAGCGCCGCCAGCUCCUCGCACCGCCGCUCCGUGCUCGUUGACGUGGCGUCGGCGCCGCAGGGCCUGCAGAUUGUCACUCUGCUCCUCACGUCGGUCAGCAACGAGCAGCGCGAGCGCAUCAUCCGCACCGUGCGCAAGAACAGCGUCUUUCUCAAGGGCAGCAAGGCCGGCCUGAAGGUGCACCAGCUCUGCGAGCGUGCCCGCGCCUUUACCGGCUACUGAUCCGUCGUCUCGUCAACCACACACCAUGCUAUACCUACAGUCCCGUUCAAACCUAGUCACAACCACCCCGCAAAAGCCGCACGCGCUGCUCAGCAGCCCUCUGCACC